AUGGUCAUCACAAACAUUCCAGACGGAUCUUCAAAAGAGGAGAUUGAACGGAUGUUUCAGAACCACAGUGAUGUGAGAGAUGUAUACAUGGAGACGAAAAAAGAUUCUAGCCGUCAGAAUUUCGCCUUCGUCAGAUUUGGGGGUAUCGCAGAUGAAAGAAGAUUUGAAGAGUCCCUUAGAGGAUUAAGAUUCAAGAACAGAACCCUAAUGAUUAACAAAGCGAAGUUUGACAGGAAAGAAACCAAAUCCACGGUCCUGAAACAAAAGGUAUGUCAUCCGACUCCUCCUCCUAAACCUUCUGGGCACCACGGGGGUUUUAGCGACAAAAGAACAUUUACGGAUGUGACAGCUGGAAAUGUUGGUUUGAAAUGCCUGGUACACCAAAUAUCCCUAAACACCAAGAUCAUGAUGAAACAAUGA